AUGAGUAUUCAAACUAAUGUUGUCGGUCCAUUGCCUCCACAAACAGGAUCAGAUCCAUAUGGAGCAUUAAAACAUUUUGAUAUUCUUAAAACACUUGGUAAUGGACAUUUUUCUGUUGUCUAUUCUGGUCGAAAUCGUUUUAGUGGUGUUUAUGUUGCUUUAAAAAAAGUUGAAUUAAGCCGAAUGGCUGAUGCUAAAGCAAUUGAAGAUUGUAAACGUGAAAUAAGUUUACUUCAACAAUUGAAUCAUCCAAAUAUAAUUAAAUAUAUUUCACAUUUUAUUGAAGAAAAUGAUUUGUAUAUUGUUUUGGAAUUAGCAAGUGCAGGUGAUUUAGCUAAAAUGAUAAAACAUUUUCUUCGAUCAAAUAAAUUAAUGCCUGAAAAAACAAUAUGGAAAUUUUUUAGUCAAAUUUGUAGUGGUUUAGAACAUAUGCAUUCAAAAAGAAUUAUGCAUAGAGAUAUUAAACCAGCAAAUAUUUUUAUAAGUGCUGAAGGGAUUGUUCGACUUGGUGAUCUCGGAUUAGGUCGUUUUUUUGGUUCAAAAACAACAUCAGCACAUUCAAUGGUUGGUACACCAUAUUACAUGUCACCUGAACGUAUUCAUGAACAUGAUCUUGGUUAUGAUUUUCGGUCUGAUAUUUGGUCUCUUGGUUGUAUUUUAUAUGAAAUGGCAGCACUUCGUUCUCCAUUUUAUGGAGAAAAUUUAAAUCUCAUAUUAUUACGUCAAAAAAUUGAAGCACUCGAUUAUAAACCAUUACCAACUAAUUUUUAUUCAUCUGAAUUACGUCUUUUAAUAUCAAAAUGUCUUGUAUUAGAUCCUGAAAAACGACCAGAUAUAAUUGAAGUCAAUCGUAUUGCUCAAAUGAUGUAUUCAAGAUUUACUAAUCCAAAUAAUAAUAAUACUCCAACACCAACAUCAUCUCGUAAUGAUUCAGCUUCUGGAAAUGUUACACCGGUUAAUAAUCGAUAA